AUGCUAAGUGUUGUUAUUGAUUACAAAAUGGCGAAUCAGACAUUGGACAAGCAUGUUAGUGAUUCCACGGACAGUGAUAACGAAGAAAAAGAAGAUGGUGAACUUGAAGAGGGCGAAGUUGAGGAAGAAUUCGAUGAGAUGCCCCAACAAAAAGAUGGUAUGUAUACGCAAACGGNUUAUGUGAUUCUUUUUCUCAGGGCGAAUCAGACAUUGGACAAGCAUGUUAGUGAUUCCACGGACAGUGAUAACGAAGAAAAAGAAGAUGGUGAACUUGAAGAGGGCGAAGUUGAGGAAGAAUUCGAUGAGAUGCCCCAACAAAAAGAUGGUAUGUAUACGCAAACGGAAAACUAUGACUAUUGUCUUGUUUCUCGACGAACAGAUGCCAAAGAAAAUAAUCGUGAUACCAAUAAUACAAACGAUGCAACUAAUGAACCAGAUAACCCCAAUGAUACGAAUAAUCAACCUACAAUGGGCUCUCAGAACGCGGGAGGACAACAAGAUAAACGAAAUAAACAUGAACAACGAAGAAAGCGACGGCAUAGUGGGGAAGAACGAGAUGAACGAAUGCAAAAACAAUUUAAACGUGGAAGAUUUCGCGGUAGACCAAUGCCGGAUUUACCUGAUGAUGGCGAAGACGAUGAAAUGAUGGGUCAACAGUGGCCACCGAGAGGACAAAAUCGUGGUCAGCAACGUAAGCAACAGUCUGAUAACGCUUCGAAUGAAAAUUCUGAAUCAAUCGAAUCUGGAGAUCCACAAUCAUCUUUGAAUCCGACUUCUGAAUCGAAGAGUGAACAAUCUAUGGCACGUGACGAAACAUCCUCACCGAUUAACGAUCCAAACGACGAUGAAAAUAUGAAUUCGGAUGACAAACAAGAUCGGGUAAAUCGACCAAGAAUGACACGCAAUAAUCAACAACAGAAUUCAAUGUCGAUUGAAAACCGCGGUCGAAGGUAUUACGAUGGAGGCUCCAACUCCAAUAAUAAUACGAAUAAUCGUCGAUUGAAUGACCGUGAUCGACCGUCAUGGCAAGAUCGAAAUAGUAACAACAAUAGUGGAAACAAUUCCAGUUCGAAUUCCAAUAACAAUCAACGAUUUCGGUCUGAUCAAGGAUCAUCAGGUAAUCAUGGUCCGCCAUUAUGUAAAUUUUAUAUUGAAAAUCGUUGUAUGAAAGGUAAUGAUUGUAACUUCAGUCAUGAUUAUAAGCCACAGAAAAAGAUGGAAGUAUGCAAAUACUAUGUUCAAAAUAAAGGUUAUUGUCAAAAAAAUGAUUCAUGCCCAUAUUUGCAUGGUGAAUUCCCCUGCAAAUUCUAUCAUACCGGUCAAAAAGUUUGCAUGCAAGGCGAACGAUGUAAAUUUUCUCAUGAUCCAAUCAUGAAUGAUGACAUUCGUUUUGCAUUUGAACGAUUUCUCAAUGAUUCUGAUGAAAUGAAUCGACAAAAUCGUGGAAGCUCAAGUAACAAUAACGUUCAUCAUUCAAAUAAUCCGCCACCUGUAAACUUUGACGUCAUGGGUGCUUCAUCGAUACCACCACCGUCACAUAUUCCAGGUACAUUACCUGAUCCAUCGAAUUUUCCCUUGAUACCAAACUUAAUGGAUUUAUUUCUCUUACAAAAUGGUCGAUUAUCAACUCAAGCAACUACAAAUGAAUCAACCAAUACAGAUUCCGCAACAAAUAAUCCUUCGCAAUCUAGUCCUCCAAUGCAAAGACCUAAUCUGUUCACUGAUACACUCACUCUCGAAAAGUCUGAUAACGACGAAUCAGCAGCAAAUAAAACUGUUUUUACAACGAACAGUAGUACAAGUCCAUCGCCAUCUUCUGUUCAAAGCACAACAUCAACCAAUGACAGUGCAACGACAGCGACAGUUACAGCUACAAACACAACGUCUACUACAACGACAGCAGCUUCUAAUUCAACUUGUCCAUUGCCUUUACCACCAACUAAUACAAAUCUGAAUUUGCCAUCACCAUUCAAUCGGUUACCGCAUCCCAACUUGACUCGACCGGCCAAUUCACUUUUGCCGCCACCUCCACCAGCUGGCCUAUUUCCAAUCAACACUCUCGGAACAGGCCGAGUACCAAUUCUAUUUCCAACAAAUAAUGGCUUACCAAUGCCACCACCACCAGGUUCACUACUGGACAUGAAACUUUUAGCUCAAGCAGCUGCACUUGCUGCUGUUAAUGCUGCUGUAGCAAAUCAGUUUACAGCUAAGCCUGCUCAUCAUCAAUCUCAAUCUUCGAGUCCUCAACUAGGUCGAGAUAUCGAUGAACGUGAUCGUCAAUCAUCGACAGUAAUGCGCGGCGAUAUCGACGAACGUCCUUCGGAAGUUUACAAUCGUCCGACAACAAACCUUGGUCUUUUACAAACAACCUCACCAACAGCAACUCCAACCCCAACUCCAACUGCUAAUCUCAAUUCACCCACAUCUUCUUCACCACCCGCAAUGAUCAUUAAUGACGAUUCAUUGAAAAAUAAAGCAACUCUUGAUGUGUUUCGUGGUACAAGACCAACUCCUACUGACACAUUAUCUAAUCCAACGACAACAAAUCCAACAGUUGGACCAUCAUUUGAUUUCAUUUCUAUGUUGGAACAACUUAAACAACCAAAACAGGCACAAAUCAAUGAUAAUUCUCAUGAUUCACUUGAAAUUCGCACUUCAUCGAAUCAAACAUCAGUUUACAUUCUACGACCAGUGCUUUGUUCCUUCAGACCAUACCCAUUACCUGACCCAACUACAGAUCCACGUGUUCAUAAAUACCAAGAAAAAAUGUCUCAAUGGGCUGAACAAGCCCGAUUGGAACGUUUCAAAACAUCAAUCCCACUGCCGAAUAAUUACUCAAUACCAUUACGAACACAACAGCAGCAGACCUUGAAUAAUGACACAAGUUCUUCACGUGAUCCACGUUUACUACGAAAUAGUGCACCAAGUAAUAAGAUAGGUGUACCAAUACUCUCUACAACAACUCCGUUUGGUCGACCAAACGAUAAUCUUCUAUAA